UUCUGAAAAAAGGGGAAAAAAAAGAAGAAUGAAAAUUACAUACAGUCAAUCAAUAUCCAUGAAUUUUUCAUUUAUUGAAAAAAAAUAUAUUGAAAUUGAAACGAAGGCGACAAAAUCCAAUUCAAGACGAGAGAGAGGAGAAUCUACGGGCGAUGAAUUCGAAGGAAAACGAAGACGAAGCGCAGCGACGGCGGUGGGGAGCAAGAGCGUGGGCGACACUCGCCGCCGUGCGAAGCCGUUCGCCGCUCAUCCAAUGCAUCACGAACUUCGUUUCAAUGGAUUUGAUGGCCAAUACUCUCCUCUCCGCCGGUGCAUCGCCGGCCAUGCUUCAUUCAGUCGAGGAGUUGCCGGACUUCACUCCCAACGCCGAUGCCCUCUGUAUUAAUGUCGGCACGCUUUCCGCUGCCUGGUUGCCAGCCAUGAAGGUCGCCGCUGAACUGGCGUCCAAGGCCGGGAAGCCCUGGGUUCUCGAUCCGGUGGCGGCCGGAGCUUCUAAGUUCCGGUUGAUGGCUUGUCUGGAGCUUUUGAAUCUGAAGCCCACCGUUGUUAGAGGGAAUGGGUCUGAAAUAAUCGCGUUGUCUAAAGCUUCUACUGAGCCAAGUAUGGGCGUAGACAGCUGCCAUCAGUCAAUGGAUGCUGUAGAAGCUGCUAAAUCAUUAGCUCAAACCAGUGGAGCCAUAGUAGCAGUAUCGGGAGCCGUGGACAUAGUUACAGACGGGGAACAAGUUAUUGGCGCUCAUAAUGGAGUGGCCAUGAUGCAAAAGAUUACGGCAACAGGAUGUUCUGUAACAGCCCUUAUUGCUGCCUUCCUUGCCGUUGAUCAACUUCAUGCUUUGGAAGCAACAGCUUCAGCAUUGUCAAUAUUUGGAAUUGCAGGCGAGAUGGGAAUGGAUUUGGCAAAGGGCCCUGCCUCUCUACGAACUCAUUUGAUUGAUUCACUACAUGAGCUCGACGAAGCAGCUAUAAUCUCGCAAGUUAAGAUCACCAGCUUGUGAUUAAAUUUUGGAGGCGUUUUUAUGUAUGGUAUGUUCAAUAACUACUUUUAAACCUUCUUGAGUUUGUACAGUGCUUUACUGUCUAAUAAUGUUGAAAAGGUUGGCUAGCCUAAACUUCAUUUGUUUGUUCAUUCGUAUUUUAUACUUUUCGAUGAAGUUUAUAGCUCUUGUUAA